UAUGGUAACACACUCUAUGCCGCUUCAAUCGAAGGCCACGAGCCGGGAGUGAAGCUUCUACUCGAUAUGGGCGCUGACGUCAACGCUCAGAGUGAACAGUACAACAGCGCACUCCAAGCUGCUUCAUUUAGAGGUUAUGAUCAGGUAGUAAGGCUGAUACUCGAUGCGGACGCUGAUGUUAAUGCAUGGAGCGAGCAAUACAGCAGCGCAUUUUACGCCAGUUAUCAAGAG